AGAAUUCUGCAGAAGGGACAUUGUUUCUCAAACAGAUCGAGUCAAAUUCAUUGUAGAGUGGGGGCCAUAGGCCGGGUAUAGUAGACAGCAACUGUAUACUGUACUGGUGGUUGGCUGUAGCUGUAUCCUCUUGUGUGAGUUUGUAGGGGACCAUGGCAACACUAGACGACCGCUUGUUAGGUGAGAAACUGCAAUAUUAUUGCAGUAGUUCGGAAGAUGAAGAUGGAGAGGAGGAGGAGGAGGAGGGAAAGGAGAAUGACUCCAGCCCUACAGUGAAGGAGGCCAGUCUACUCCCACAACAUCCUGAAAUCAGAGGUUGGGAAGGGGCUUCUACUAAUACUGGACCAAAGGGUGUACUGAAGGACUGGCAGCGGUUUAAGCAGCUAGAGUCAGAAAAAAGAAUUGAGCAGGAGCGAGAGCGUAUCUUGCUGGCCAAGAAGCUGGCACUCUCCUGCAGGUCCCAUCUGGAUGAUGAGAAAGACAAAGAAGAGCAACAGAAGGAUAAUGAGGACGUGGAUGGCCUGAUAGAUGAAGAGUUUCUGAGGCAGUACAUCUCUAAGCGGAUGGAGGAGAUGAUGGUGACUACAUCUAAUAAAGCUCAGUUUGGUCGCCUCAUUACACUUGAGAAUGGAGAAACAUUUUUGGAUGCUGUUGACAAAGAGGAAGCUGGAGUGACCGUCAUUGUGCACAUCCAUGAUCAGGAAGCCAUGGGGUGUGAUGCCAUGAAUGGGUGCCUGGCCUGUCUGGCACAAGAGUAUCCUCAUGUUAAGUUCUGUAAACUACCAGCUUCUGCUGCAGGUGUCAGCAGCCACUUUAAAGUUACAGGACUGCCAGCACUUCUUAUAUACAAGGCAGGACAGAUGAUGGGAAACUUUGUACGACUCACCGAUGAGUUUGGUGAUGAUUUUUAUGCCACAGAUGUAGAAUCUUUCCUUAUUGAACAUGGUAUGUUGAGGGACAAGUCUCUCAUUCCUCCGGGGAUCAAGGGUCCAGCCAUCCCAAAUGAUGAUGAUGAUGACGACAGUGAUUUUAGUCUUGAUGAUUAGUUAUUUGUGUAUGGUUGUUGACUCACUUAAU